AUGGCGCCCAUCCCCAUCACCAUCAUCACCGGCUUUCUCGGCUCCGGCAAGACCACGCUCAUCCUCAACCUCAUCCCGCAGCUGCGCCGGCGCAACCCGUCCUACAAGCUCGCCCUGCUCAAGAACGAGUUCGGCGACCUGGCCGUCGACUCGCAGCUCGCCUCCAGCGCCGCCAUCUCGGGCGUCCAGGAGCUGCUCAACGGCUGCAUCUGCUGCAACCUCGUCGGGCAACUGGGGCCGGCCCUCGCCGAGCUCGAGGCCGGCGUCGCGCCUGAUCGCAUCGUCGUCGAGACGAGCGGCUCCGCGUUCCCCGCGACGCUCGCCCUCGAGGUCAACCGCCUCGCGCGCGAGACCGGCCGGUACACCCUGGACGGCGUGGUCAGCGUGAUCGACGUGGAGAACUGGCAAGGGUACGAAGAUACGAGCUACACGGCGCGCAUCCAGGCCCGGUACACGGACCUCAUCGUGUUCAACAAGUGGGAGAAUGCCGGCGAGGACCGCUACGAGGAGUGCCUCGACAGGGUCGGAGACCUGGAGGUCGACAUCGCCAAGGUGAAGAGCGACAGGGGCUCCGUGGACGCGGAUCUCGUCUUCGGCAUCGACGGAGGGCUCGCGCAGCAGCUCACCGAUGGCGAGGUCAACAAGGCAAACGGCCACCAGGCCAACGGCAGCCAUCAGACGAACGGCGACAGCCAUACCAACGGAGACAUCCACGCCCACGACCACCAAAGCGAGGUCGAGGUCCUCUCCGUCGAGCUCAAGGGCACCGGCGCCACGGCCACAACCAUAUCCACCGAGAAGCUGCAGACGUUGCUCGCUGCCGCUCCCAAAGACGAGGUCUACCGCAUCAAGGCUGUAGCCACACUGUCCGUGCCCCCGCGCAACUCGGACGUCGACGUGCCGCCGCCCGCUGCCAGCCCGACCGGCCGUUACAUCCUCAACUGGGCCUUUGGCCGGUGGACAUUUACGCCCCUCGCAGAGCCGUCGUCGGCCGCGGAGCACGCCAGCAGCAGCGCGGCCGCACUGCGCAUGACGGUGAUUCUAGCGCGCUGCGAGGGGGCUCGGUGGGAGAAGAAGCUCACGGCCGGCGGGCAUGUUGCCGUGGAAGCCGGCGAUGGCGAACUCGUCGUCAAGAGGAUAUUAUAA